AUGCCGAGCACCCGACAUGGUGUUUCCGAACUCUACCUCAGCAUUCUCCCAUGCAACUUCAACCUUAAAAAAAACCCUAAGGGUCGUGUUUUGUUGAGGGGAAUGAAAUCAUUUGACAGGAACUUAGUAAGAGAUAUGGCACAACAAUCUUCUCGGCUCCAAAGGCUGCUAACUUUACUGGAGACUGGCUCAACACAAGCUACAAGAUUCACUGCAGCUCGCCAGAUAGGGGAGAUUGCAAAAUUACAUCCUCAGGACUUGAGCUCUCUGCUACAUAAGGUCUCUCAGUAUCUCCGUAGCAAAAACUGGGAUACAAGAGUUGCAGCUGCUCAUGCAAUUGGAGCAAUUGCAGGAUGUUUUAAACAUUCAUCUAUGACAGAACUGUAUAAUCUUGUUGAGGCAAAGAUGAAGGAAGCUGGCAUAAGUUGUGCCACUGAGGAUGAGGUUUUGUGGCCAAAGUCUCAUCCCAAAAUAAGUGCAAGCACUUCAUUUCAGAGCUUCGAGCUCACUAAAGUGCUGGAAUUUGGGGCUCUUUUGGCAUCUGGAGGACAGGAGUUUGAAGUUGCAAAUGAUUUCACCAAUAACCCAAAAGAAAGAUUGGCCAAACAAAAGCAAAAUCUAAAACGGCGGUUGGGAAUGGAUGUAUGUGAGCAAUUCAUGGAUGUAAAUGAUAUGAUAAGAGAUGAAGAUCUUGUAAUGCACAAACCGAAUUCCAUAGGAAGUGGCAUAAAUCCUCAAUUUUACCUACAAAGACCUAAUCGUAAUGUGCAGCAGUUCGUUGUAGAUAUGGUACCUGGUUAUAGACCAAGGAGGCCAAGUGCACGUGAAAGAAACCUCUUAAAACGCAAAGCCAAAAUAAGUUCAAAAGAUCAAACAAAAGAUGUGUCAGGCACUCAAGAGCUCAUUUCACCCAAAUCCAUUUCUCAAGAUUCACCUUCUUCCAAUUCGAUGUUUCCGGAUUCUAUUCCUGAUGAAGAGAGCUCUGAGCAUGAAAAAGAUGGUACAUGGCCUUUUCAUAAUAUAGUGGAACAACUCAUUCUUGAUAUCUUUGAUCCUGUUUGGGAGGUGCGACAUGGCAGUGUGAUGGCUUUAAGGGAAAUCUUGACACAUCAAGGUGGCUGUGCUGGCGUUCUUACAUCAGACAGUUGUGAUGACGUGUCACUAACAGAGUCAGAAGAUAAGAUUAAGAAUGGUAUCAAGAGAGAACGUGAAAUCGAUUUGAACAUGCAAAUCACAACAGAAGAAACUGAGCCAGUUCUCAAGAGGCAGAAGUCUGAAAUUGCAUCAUUUGAUCAGAUGGAUGAAUUGGUCUCCACAUCCAAUGGUGAAAUAAUUGCAAGCUCUGUUAAGGUUGAGCCUCAUACAGAAGUUGCAGAAAUGUUGCAGAUAACAAAUUCUUUUGAUAAUAAAGAUUUAGUGGAAAAGGUAGACAUACUGGAAGGCCUUCAUGGAAAUAAUGAGCUGGCAAACUUGAUUAAAAGGGCCAGAAAUUCAUCACUGAAAAACUCAGAACUUCUUCAAGAUUGUGGAAUUCGUUUCUUGUGUGUGCUGUCACUAGAUCGUUUUGGAGAUUAUGUCUCUGAUCAGGUUGUUGCUCCAGUACGUGAAACAUGUGCACAGGCAUUAGGAGCAGUGCUUAAGUACAUGCAUCCUAUGCUAGUUCAUCAGACACUGAAUGUUCUUUUGAAAAUGCAGCGUAGACCAGAGUGGGAAAUUCGCCAUGGCAGUCUUUUGGGUAUUAAAUAUUUGGUUGCUGUGCGCCAGGAGAUGCUUCCUGAUUUGCUGGGGCUUGUCCUUCCUGCUUGUAAAGCAGGACUAGAAGAUCCUGAUGAUGAUGUGAGAGCAGUUGCUGCAGAUGCUUUAAUUCCCACUGCAUCUGCCAUUGUUUCACUUAGUGGAGAAAUGUUGCAUCCUAUUGUGAUGUUACUGUGGGAUAUUUUGCUUGAUUUGGAUGAUUUAAGCCCCUCCACAAGCAGUGUGAUGAAUCUACUCGCAGAAAUAUAUUCCCAGGAAGAGAUGAUUUCUAGAAUGUUCUCUGCUUUCAAAAUAAAACAAGGAUUUGAUCUGAAUGAGAUUGUUCCUGUUGAUGAUCUUACACGUACUUCAAAUUCUCAAGAAAAUCCUUACAUGCUGUCAACAUUAGCUCCAAGAUUGUGGCCAUUUAUGAGACAUAGUAUCACAUCUGUUCGUUAUUCAGCCAUUCGCACAUUAGAGCGGCUGCUUGAAGCAGAAUACAGAAGGAGUAUAUCUGAAUCUUCUACCUCCUUUUGGCCUUCUUUUAUACUGGUUGACACCCUUAGAAUUGUCUUCCAAAAUCUGCUUCUUGAAUCAAAUCAGGAAAUUUUACAAUGCUCAGAAAGGGUCUGGAGGUUGCUUCUCGAGUGUCCAGUGGAAGAUUUGGAAUCUGCUGCACGCUCAUACAUGUCAUCUUGGAUAGAGCUUAUAACUACUCCAUACGGAUCACCAUUGGAUUCCACAAAAAUGUUUUGGCCACUUGCCCUUCCACGUAAAAGUCACUUUAAAGCUGCAGCAAAAAUGAGAGCCGUGAAGCUUGAAAAUGGUCUUUACACCAAUGUAGUCUCAGAUUCCACAGAAGGAACUCUUCCUCAUGAUAGAAAUGGAGAUUCCUCUGUUAAAAUAAUCGUAGGUGCAGAUAGUGAAAUGUCAGUUACAAACACACGAAUUGUUACAUCAACAGCUUUAGGAAUUUUAGCAUCCAAGUUGCAUGAGGUUUCUGACCAAUAUGUUUUUGAUCCUUUAUGGAAAGCCAUCACAUCUUUAUCUGGAGUUCAGCGACAGGUGGCAUCUUUGGUUCUGAUUUCUUGGUUUAAAGAGAUGAAGAAUAGAGAAGUUUCCGGAAGCAAGGGACUGACAAAUGCAAACUAUGAUACCUUAAAGAACAGGUUGUUGGAGUUGCUAUCGUGCACAGAUCCAGCUUUUCCUACAAAAACUUCGCGUCUUCCUUAUGCUGAACUUUCUAGAACCUAUGAUAAAAUGCGAAAUGAGGCAUCUCAGCUUGUUAAUGUUCUUGAAUCAUGUGGCAUGAUUGACGAGUCUAAGAAAAUGGAUGUGGAUAAUUUGACUCCUGAUGAUGCAAUGACAUUUAUUACAAAACUGCCAUUGCCAAGUAGUGAUGUUACUGGAGAAGAUUCAGUUGGGAGAAAUGGUCUUGAUGAAGUAGAGUCUAUAAAGCAGAGACUUUUGACCACUUCGGGCUACUUAAAAUGUGUCCAGAGCAAUUUGCAUGUUACUGUAUCGGCCUUAGUUGCUGCUGCAGUUGUUUGGAUGUCCGAGCUUCCUGCAAAACUUAAUCCAAUUAUAUUACCCUUGAUGGCCUCAAUCAAGAGAGAGCAGGAGGAAGUAAUACAAAACAUGGCAGCUGAAGCUCUUGCAGAGCUUGUAUACCAUUGUGUUCUACGUAAGCCGGGUCCCAAUGACAAAUUAAUCAAGAAUCUUUGUGGAUUAGUAUGCAUGGAUCCUAGUGAGACCCCUCAAGCUGGAGUGUUGACUUCAAUGGAGAUUGUUGAAGAACAAGAUCUCCUUCCUUUUGGAAGUAAUUCUAGUUCUACCAAACAAAAACCAAAAGUUCACAUGCUUGCUAAUGGUGAAGACAGAUCAAAAGUUGAGGGAUUUAUUUGUAGGAGAGGAUCAGAAUUUGCUUUGAAGCAUCUAUGCAGUAAAUUUGGUGCUUCAUUGUUUGAAAAGCUUCCUAAGCUUUGGGAUUGUCUUACUGAAGUCUUGAAGCCUACUACCCCUGGAGAUGAAAUGCAUGUUAGUCAAGCCGUUGAUUCUGUUAAAGACCCUCAAGUUUUGAUAAAUAAUAUCCAGGUGGUUCGCUCUAUUGCUUCAAUGGUAGAUGAGACAUUACGCCCCCAACUAAUGACACUCCUCCCAUGCAUUUUCACCUGUGUCCGCCAUUCUCAUGUUGCUGUGAGACUAUCUGCUUCAAGAUGCAUCACAUCAAUGGCAAAGUCAAUGACAGUCAACAUCAUGGGCUCAGUAAUCGAAAACAUAAUCCCAAUGUUGGGUGACAUGGCAUCUGUGAAUGCUAGACAAGGAGCAGGGAUGCUAAUGAGUCUGCUUGUUCAAGGAUUAGGCACUGAUCUUGUUCCUUAUGCAAGGUUGUUAGUUGUCCCUCUUUUAAGGUGUAUGAGUGAUUGUGAUCAUUCUGUUAGAAGAAGUGUCACACACAGCUUUGCUGCCCUUGUCCCUCUUUUGCCCCUUGCACGUGGUGUCUCUCCUCCUCCUGGAUUGAGUGAAUGCUUGUUGUCUAGAAGUAGUGAUGAUGCUGAGUUCUUGGAGCAACUUGUUGAUAACUCACAUAUUGAUGAUUAUAAUGUUCCUACUGAGUUGAAAGUCACCCUGAGAAGGUAUCAGCAAGAGGGUAUAAACUGGUUAGCCUUUUUAAAGAGGUUUAACCUUCAUGGAAUUUUAUGUGAUGAUAUGGGGCUUGGUAAAACCCUACAAGCAUCAGCAAUUAUGGCAUCUGAUAUUGUGGAACGAAGAACUUCAAAUAACAAUGAGGACCCUCCAUCUUUAAUCAUUUGCCCAUCUACCCUUGUUGGACACUGGGUAUAUGAGAUUGAAAAGUUCAUUGAUGCCUCUGUUAUAUCUUCACUCCAAUACGUUGGUUCUUCACAAGAACGUGUUGCAUUGCGUUCACAGUUUCAAAACUACAAUGUCAUUGUAACUUCUUAUGAUGUGAUUCGUAAAGAUGUUGAGCAUUUGAGACACAUGUUUUGGAACUAUUGUGUUUUGGAUGAAGGCCAUAUAAUUAAGAAUGCAAAAUCGAAAAUCACAUGUGCUGUCAAACAGCUCAAGGCACAACACAGGCUUAUAUUAAGUGGAACACCAAUUCAGAAUAAUGUGUUGGAGUUGUGGUCUCUUUUUGACUUUUUGAUGCCCGGAUUUCUUGGAACAGAGAGACAGUUUCAAGCAACUUAUGGGAAACCACUAGCUGCAGCUCGUGAUUCUAAAUGUUCAGCCAAGGAUGCUGAAGCAGGUGUACUUGCCAUGGAAGCAUUGCACAAACAGGUGAUGCCUUUCCUCCUGCGUCGCACGAAAGACCAAGUGUUGACAGAUCUACCAGAGAAAAUAAUUCAAGAUAGAUACUGUGACUUGAGUCCAGUUCAACUUAAACUUUAUGAACAGUUUUCAGGUUCACAUGUCAAAAAUGAAAUUUCCACUAUGGUCCAAUCAAACGAAACAGAAACAGGGGAAGGUGAAGCUGAAGGAAAAGAUGCAUCCAAAACAUCUUCUCAUGUCUUCCAGGCUCUUCAGUUUUUACUGAAACUCUGCAGUCAUCCAUUGCUUGUGAUUGGUGGAAAAAUGCAAGACUCACUUCCGCGUAUUUUACCUGAUCUUUUUGCAACAAGCUCUGAUAUUAAUUCAGAGCUUCGUAAACUGCACCACUCCCCAAAGUUGGUUGCCCUUCAAGAAAUCUUGGAGGAGUGUGGGAUAGGUGUUGAGGGGUCAACUUCUGAAGGCUCUGUUAGUGUUGGCCAGCACAGAGUCCUCAUAUUCGCACAGCAUAAGGCACUUCUGGACAUUAUUGAGAAAGACUUGUUUCAUGUCCAUAUGAAAAGUGUUACAUAUCUGCGGUUGGAUGGAUCGGUUGAACCAGAAAAACGGUUUGACAUUGUUAAAUCUUUCAAUUCAGACCCUACUAUUGAUGUUUUGCUUCUUACAACACAUGUUGGUGGUCUUGGUUUGAAUUUAACCUCAGCUGAUACGCUAGUUUUCAUGGAGCAUGAUUGGAAUCCAAUGCGUGAUCAUCAGGCAAUGGAUAGAGCACACAGGUUGGGACAAAGGAAGGUAGUGAAUGUGCAUCGUCUGAUAAUGCGAGGGACUUUAGAAGAAAAAGUGAUGAGCCUCCAAAAAUUCAAAGUCUCUGUCGCCAAUGCCGUCAUUAAUGCAGAAAACGCAAGCCUCAAAACCAUGAACACCGAUCAAUUGCUCGAUCUAUUCACUCCAGCAGAUAAUAAUAAUAAUAAUAAUAAUACUAAAAAGGGUGCGUCCACUUCGGAAAACAUGGAUGGAUUGGCAAAGGUGCCAGGUGGCGGAAAAGGCCUAAAAGCAAUCCUUGGUGGGCUGGAGGAGCUUUGGGACCAAUCACAGUACACGGAAGAAUACAAUUUGACCCAAUUUUUAGCCAAGUUGAAUGCCUGAUCCUGAUGGAACUACUACUAUUAUUAUUAAUGAUUAUUAUUCACGAUAUAAAAUCCUUUUCUUUUUGGUUUUUGCAAUCAAUCUAAUAUGGCGAAAAGAAAAGCCUGUACAGUUACAUUUUUUUGAGGCGGAGCUCAUGAUUUUGACAACUAGUUAUUUUCUUCAGCCCUUUGGCUCUUUAUUUUAUUUAGUGUUCAUUUUUUUUUUUAAAUCGUAUACAGUGUAAGGUACCACUCACUAUAUUUGUAUCAAAUAUGAGCUUCCAAGGC